AUGGUGGUAAAUGUGUGGAUACAUGCACCGGGGAUGGAUUCAAGUGCCACUGCAAAGAAAUGUUUACAGGCAAAUAUUGCGAAAAAGAAAAAGAACACGUUUCGAUACGAGUCAAGUCACUGGACAUCAAGCAGUGUCUACAACCACGUUUAUGCCUUGGCAGAGGGUUUUCUUGGCGACCAGGAAGCGAAGUUUCCAGCAUUCAAUGCAUUGCCGUUUACUCGAGUUUGUGUUGGGAUGAGGUUGGGAAGUGAGAAAAGCUAUAUUACGCUAGGUCAUACAUCAAGUUCACUUUUGACAUACUUUCAAGGCUCAUUUCAUGCAACUGAUCAGGAAAGUAAUUGGCGCAAUUUGUUGAAAGGAAGCCAGCUCCAGCCCUAUUGUAAAAGACAAGGGUUCAAUAACAUCAUUACCGGUCGUGUAGACGUUGGAGUGAGGAUUGGAAUUUUUGGCAACAACGAGAACGACUGCAUCACCCCUGAUUCAGCCAUUGGCAUAGGUAUUGGCGGUUCUCAUUUACAACCCACUGGCGUUUAUACUGGAGCGACAAUGAGUGCACAGAAGGUUUUCGGAUAUAUACUCAUACUUUAAGUAGAUCGCGAACUAAGCAGCAACGGUAACGAAGUGAUGUCAUCAUGCUUCGACUGAUAUCUAGCACAUUCAGAGCACAGUACAAGCGCACAAUGACCUCUCGCAAGGCAACAAGAAUGUUCUUUAGAGGCAAACCAUGACUUAAAAUGGCACAGUUUAUAGCCCAGUGCAGUCAAUUUUACUGUCUUGUUUCUGGUACACAGUUAUUGUUUGAUUAAAAAAUUCUGUAAGCCCGUCCAAUGUAGAAAGGUAAGAAAAAGUAGAAGACAAAGAAGAAUAAAUAACUAAGCUGAGGAACUUGUAACUGCUUUUAAAUGAAGAAUUAGGCACUGCUUUUAUUACUGAUGUCGUGAACUUUCUUCACUUUUCUCGAGCAAGACAGAACUUUCUAGAAACUUAUCACGUGUUUGCCAUUGUUUAUUUACAUUACGUAAUAUUUUUUUUGUCUUUGAUAAAAUUAGCUUGUGAGGUAAUAACUUUCUCGCUAUUUCUGGAAAAUACCCAAACAUAAUUUAAGCUGUCGAUUACGUAAACCUCUAGAAACUUCUUUAGUUAGUGUAUAAUUAUGAACCCAGGACACAACACUUUAGUAACAGAGUAAACUCCUAGAAGUUGUAUGUGUAAGGAAAUCUAUGGUUAGGAAACAUGCAUCGUCAAAAAAUCAAGAAUUUAAAGGGCCUCUCCAGCCAAAGAAAAAAAUUUUUUUUAUUGACUAAAAAGCUAGCAUCUGGUGCGUGUAUUAUGGCAAAGUCAUUGUUUUUGCAAAAUUCCAAUUAGUUUAGAAGUUAUAAGGCUUUAAAGUUGCACCUUUCCGAGAAAAAAACGACAAAAGCCGAAUCAGUUUUGUGACAUUCUGACGUCACAGUGUGCGGCUCUCGUCCGUAAUGAAUUUCGUAUAUCUUCCACCGAAUCGCGAAGGAGUCAUGGUCAUGCGUUGAUAACUGCAUCUAAAUCUAGAGCAGGAGUUUUUUAGGAUCGAAAAAUAUUAAAUGUUUACGAUCAUUCUAAGUUUGCGGGUCGGAAUGUGUCUAUGCUGUGUCACGACUUUGUUUUGAUCACCCGUGUAGGCCCACAAAGCUAUGGCUUCCUGUUCCAGCUCUUCCCUCGCGUAUAAUUAAUCGAAAUUGACCCCUCAGUUGUUCUCCAGAAACGAUGAACAACUAAUGGCUUCAGAACUGAUGUCUGAAAUGCUCAAACUAAAAGCCGGUGGAACAGAACUGAGAGUACCAUCACUUGCAGUGUUCAAUUUGCGAAUCGCCGUUGUUCGAUUCGGUUUGAGGCGAGAAUAGCGAAAUACACUGUGACGUCAAAAUUGCGUCACAGUGUUACCAAACCGAAAAUUUUGUCGGGUAAUUCAAUUCAAUUAACGAAAUGCAAGAGCUUAUAUCUCACAAACUGUAAAAAAUAUCAAAAACCAAAUAACGAAUUCGUGAUCAGCAGGUUCAACUCCUUUAGAUUAGCUAAUAAAAUGCAAGUGCAAAAUUUGGCUGCAGAGGCCCUUUAACAAACUUUAUUUUAAGCCGGGUAGAAGGAAGAAAUGAUUAUUUUGUGAUUCUAAGCUAUGAAGGCUUCACGAUUGCAAAAGUUUAAAACCAUUUAGCAGAUAAACUUUUCUUGUGAAUAUUCUUUGAACCUGCCAAAAGCUGAAUCUACCUCAUAGUUUUUCUGAUAGAUAGUUUUUAUCUGAAAUUUGCAACAAAAACAAUAUUUUAAUGUGAAACGGGAGUUACAUGUACAACCUUUGGUGACGGCUUAAAAAAUUUAAAGGACAAAAAUAUGUACAAAAAGAAAAAUCUAAAACAAUAUCAAUUAGGUCAUUGGAUUCAUUCCUGCCGAAUUUGGAUCUCCUUCUUUCAACAAUGCCGUUGUAUCUCCGAAUUUUAAUAUUUAGCAUAAUUUAUCAUAUCAAUAUUAUGUUGAUAAGGAUAAUAAAAACCCUUGUGAUGGUAGCUUUGCAUUUUCCGCAAACGAAGUUAAAGUAACGAUAGAUAUUUCAUUGUGGAAUCACUUGGAAUUAAAGCUGAACGAGGAUAUUUACAGUCAAGAAAUCACGAAAUUUUAAAUUGAUGUACAUAUGAAUGAUUACUUUGUUUGUGUUAGACAUUAGAUGUUAGAUAUUUGGUGUGUGUGUAUUUUAAACAUUCGAUUAAGAUGGAGAAUGGCACCAAUAAUCAUGAUAUUCCGCGAUACUCUAUUACAUUUCCAGGUCAUUUAAUACAGCAUUUCGUAAAAAUAAGGCGAUUAAAAACUUAGGCCUAGCCUAACAACAACAAUGGUUUCGAAUCAAGGUCGGUAAAUGACGUAAUCAACUGAUAUCUCUUCUUUAAACAUAAGCAACGCGUACACAUGGUAAGCGAUUGAAUUGACCAUAAAUUUCACAGGUAGGGCAAUCUAGAUUAUUGGACCUAGUGAGCUCACUCUCUUGAUACUAUAGUUCAUUUUCUGGUAAUGCUUCAUGUUCGAAGGAUAAAGUACUUCUUCAUAAUAACGGGAUUUAAGUUUGUUAAAGUUUUCGAUUUAACAAAUGCUGGCACUUUAAUUGAAUGAACACGGGCCGUAAUGGAUGUCACUAUCAAUGACUUGGGGUAUUUACGUGUUCAGUUUAAACUAGUAUCACAGAACAAUGCUCAAGCAAGAGACACUUGUCAAAUGUUACGCACUAACUAGCAUACAUGGUUUCAAUUUGAUUUCAAAAUAUUUCAAUGGAUAACGCAAUGGUACUUGAAUUUAGAAUUUAACUCUUUGUCUGCUGUCUAGAGUUUCCAGUAAUUAACAAAAAGACUUUUUUGAGAAAAUAUAAGUUUUAAAAGGGUACCAUAUAGGAAGUUUUAUGCAAGGUAAAUUCCAGGAGCCUAGAAACGCUGUGUAGCUACAUAAAAAGAAGUGGGCUAAAGAGCGAGGAUUGAGGAACUCCAUACAUGACAAUUGAAAAUCAAAGAAGUUAAAACUACCUCUGAUCAAGACCUAUUUAGACAUAAU